UGAAUAUUUACACUAAAAUUCUUUUGCAGGAUUGUCGGAUGGAAAAAUCUCCAAAAAACUACAAUUCAAAUAUAUGGAUUUUCUAUUCGUUAAAUUAGAUACAUACUUCAGCCAGUGGUUGAACGAGGCAGGAUGAUUCUUUUUUGCAUUUUUAAUUUGUUAUUCGAAAUGUGCUAUGGCUGUGGUGAACCUUUGGACUUAGUUUUCCUUGUUGAUGGAUCAAGCCGUGUGUCACCAUCAGACUUUAUACAAGAGAAAGCAUUUUUAUCAUCACAAACAAUGGAAUACUACAUGUCACAAGACAGAGUACGAAUAGGAGUUCUGCUUUUCUCAGAUAGUGUAUGGGACACAGUAGAUUUCAAAGUAUCUGUAAAUAAUGGAGACUAUAUUCACAAAAUAUCAGACAUGACACAGCCAUUUGGUGACCUCCUAAUAAACAGUGCUUUAAAAUCAGUGAAGGAACUAUUCCGAAAAGAGGGCAGACCUGAUGCAAAACGUGCAGUUGUACUGAUUACAUCAGGAAGGUCUAGAAUAUUGUGGCAAUCUUUCCGUGAGGCUCGAGAACUUCGACAGGAACAGAUAUCACUGUUUGCCAUCGGUGUUGGCAGUGGGGUCUCCAUGAGUGAAUUGAUUGGCAUCACUAGUGACAGUAACAACAUUUUACAUGUCGACACAUUUAAUUCUUUGUUUUCCCUAUCAGCUAAAUUACACGAGUUAAUAUGUCCAGGUUUUCAAGCCGGUACUAUCAAACCAACAUCAUACGAAUCCACAUUUUUAUUUAAACCUCACAUUGAAUUGUCCAUUAUUGGUAACAAUGGCAAUAGAGGGAUAUCUAAUGUGCUACCUCAGAGGUCUGGCCUCAUUGACAAUCAGUUUUAUAAGGAAAACAGUGGUGAACAAUCCCAACGUACUUUACUUUACACGGGGAACACAAAUAAAUCCAAAGUAGGAAAUAUAAACAGUACAAAUUCUAGCCAAAAGGUAAAAUCGAUUGCAGAGAAGAAAACUCGAAUAGGAAGGAUUAAAUCCGGAACGAAGACAAAUACAAAGAAAAUUGAACAUCCUGUCAAAAUAAGGACACAGUCAUUUAUACAUUUACCAGGACUAGUAAAUAAGAAAGCCGAGGAUGAGAACAGUAUUAGAAGAGUAUUCAAGAAUAAUUCAGUAAUUAAAAGGGAUAUUAAAAGCAAUAAAUCAUUUAAUAGAAUAGAACAGAAAGAUUCUAAGCUAAAAAGUUCCAAGAAAACAUACUCGAGAGCGAAGUCUGUUAAUGACAUAUUUGCAACAACACGUGACAGUAAAGCGAAUACAUGGAAUAAUUUGUUUGAUAUGAAUGGAAUUACUCUUCCAAAAUCUAAAGACAAUACGGAUGGACGUGAAAAGACGAAAUCCUCAACUUCAGACCAUUUAAAAGUUGAAUACAAAUAUGAAACACAAGAUAUACCGGAAGGCUUACCCAAAAGUUCAGUUUCACUUAACGAUGAACCCUUACUUGGUAUAAGGAAACAAACAAUAUGGGAUGCUAUUGUUGAAAGUGUAGAACCUUUAACAAAACGUCAACAUAGUUCGAUGAAACAAAACGUUACCAUCAGUGAAGUUAAAACCACAAAAGUAUUUGGGGAUCAUAAAAACAAAUUUGUCGUUGACAAUAAAGAGGCUUCUUCGGUAAAACAUUCCAACACACUAGAUUUGGACCGAGUCGUGAUAGGAAGUUCAGAUAAUGACAAAGAAAUCCAAUACAUCUUACAUAUAAGAGAAAAUGGAAAUAUUGAAAUGGUUCCGGAUUUGAAGUCAAACGUUGAAGACGAAGAUAUAUUCCAGACAUUGCCGAAUGUACAUAAUAAAAUAUCUACUACAGAAGAACAAGGAUUUGUGGCAAAAAAUAAAACGUUUUCGUCAGAAAAAAAUGAAAAUGUAUUAAAAGUGACCGAAAAGGAUACAUCUAAAAGUAAAACUGAAAAAGUGAUGCCCGUUAAAAGCAAAACUAUUGAACAAACGGAAAGAGAAAUUCAAAGAGAAGCAAAGAGAAUAAUGUAUAAGAGUCGCACAGGUAAAGUUAAUAAGAAAAAGUCAACAUUUACAAGAUUGAAUCCAAAAAUACCCAAUCAGAAAACCGGAAAGUCAAAUAUUCCCCAAACUCCGAAAUUGAAAAAGAAAAUCUCCAACAAGGCACAAUCGUUUCCCAAAGAGGUUGAUUUCACGAAAAAUGUAAAAGGUUAUACAAUUAUUGAGUCCACAACAAAGAUAUCCUCAAAAUUGGCACCAAAUUCUAAUACUUAUAAUCCAAGAUCAAUGGCAAAUGCAGCUCCGAUAGUAAUUUCAACAACUGUCAGUCCAACAACUGUUAUGCGGGAUAUAACAAGAGCACUAAGCCAACCGAAGAAAAUGAAAAAAUCUGUCAUAUCACCAAAAGGACGACCAAUUGAGAUGAACCAUAAUUCAAACUCACCUUUGAGUAAUCCUGAAUUCUUUGAUUUUUCUAAGGAUUUAAGGCAACAGGUUGCCUCGCUGUUAGACAUAGUUAUGUUAGAACAUGAUCGAAUGGAAGAAAGAAAGAAAAAGAAGAAGAAACAUAGAAAAAAGACACAGAAAAAUCAUGAUCGCAUCGUCCCAACUCCAUCAGUAGAAUGGCGAAAUAUCAAGAAACUAAUGCAAUCAAUAAAUAAGGAAUCAAAGAUAAUUGAUGAAAUCAAUGACCGGGAAUCAAUAAAAAAUAAUGAUGCUCCUGAGAGUUGGAAUUAUAGGCGUCACACUAAGUUUCGCCCUGGCAAUGAAGUACGACGAAAAUUUCUCACAGAGCCAAUCACCGUCAAUAACACGGACACCACAGUGGUAUCAGAAAAUGAGCACUGUAAGCUGCUUCCUUAUAGAAAAGACUCCAGCUUUUACAUAGAUACAACAGAAAAUAGAACGGUAGUGAGACCUUGUCCUACAGGAACUGCUUUCGAUAUCCGUUCAUGCGCAUGUACAACAAUGACAACUGUGCGAGGACAUAGUGAUUGUCAGCCAGAAUUGUUGAUGGAUUUCAACACAGACCUAAAGGACAAAUCUGGAAAAAAUAUACAUGUUGGUUCUCAUCAUGUGGCCCUGAACAAUGGUUCGGGGGAUUUCAAUGGCAACAGUGAUUUAACAAUAUGGCGGUUUACUGGUUCCCAUAUCGGACAACACCUUAUGAUCAAAGCUCGCUUCAAGGCUAGGAAACAUCCAGAAGUCAGACAGCAUGUUGUUAGUAACUGUCUAGAAGGCACUGUAAUUUCGUAUGGUAUCGAAAUAGAUAGAUUUGAAGAGGUUGUUAUAUUUGUACUGGAUACAGAGCCACGUGACCGAAAAGAAAUCAAGAUACCUUUCAAGCUUGACCAAUGGACAGAUGCCAGUUUGAUCUAUGACGGACUACAAUUUACUGGUGUUGUAAAUAGCCGAAGAAAGUCGACACCCUCAGCAGGUAAUGUGGAAACAAGAUCGAGUCCUCUGAGAGUUGGUGGGUGCGGUGGAAAGAAACAUGGAUUUUCAGGUUUAAUCGAUGAGGUUUCAUUGUCAUUCUGUAUCCCUAGACGACAGAAUAACCGGCGCGUAUUUCGCCGUAUGAGUUGAUGAGGUGACAGGAUACCAAUAUUUCCCAUGGUCUAAAUAUCAGCAAUAUAAUCAAUGAAACUCGGACAUAACUGUCAUUGUUGAGUAUUGUAAAUAGAUUGACUACUGCUACGACAACAACAACAUUUGAAAAAGUUAUGCAUUGACUGAGAUUUGACGCAUGUCGGAAUACAUCAUAGAUUUGGGACAUUGUGAUACAAAUCUUCAGAGUCUUAGAAUAUUUCAUUAAUUAUCAAUUUCUAUGCAUAUGGAUGGACAGUAUCAUAAGUGUCGUACAAAAUAAACAAUUUAAGUGUUUAUGAGUGGAAGUCGUGUGUA